GCGAAGGCGGCAAAUUUCCAAGUUCUCCCUCACCGUGCUUGUCUCCAGCGCCCAUCUCGCGCACCAAACACCGCCGCUGGAAGAUCAGACCCAUCGUACUCCCCAUCGUCCGCACUUUGCGCGCGCAGAAUGAAAAUUCUGCACAAGUCGAAGCGGGCGGUCGCUCCGCCACCGCAGGUCGCAGAGCUUAUCAACAAGCUCCUCGCGACACCAAAUGAUGAUUUAGCGGACGUGCUGUCCCAGAUCGAGUCCUGGAAAUGGCCGCGGUCCGACCUCAAUGCAUGGAUCAAGGUCCUCAACAAGUUCGACGCCGUGCUGGAGGAAGUCAUCCGCGACUACGACGUGGAUAAGCUGCAGAUUAACCCGUUCACGCCGGCGACGAAGCGUACGGUGUCCGAGAUCUUGCGCUUUGAGCGCAUGCUACUGGAGAAUUCGACGAACCGGAAGAUGUUCUCUUCCUACGAUCGCCUCAAUAGCCUGCUGUUCACCUCUGACCUGGACAUCCUGAUCUUGGCGGAGAACCUCCUUCUCCGUCCUUCCCAACAAUACUCUGCUCAGCCCUCCGUCUCGCAUGCGCUUAGCAUUCAGACCCCACGAUUGCUGUCACUGGCCCAGCGAUGGCCUCGCGCACGCGAGUAUGGACUUUCACUCUACGAUCUUGCCACAGAGAAGGGCAAGGCUAAGGUCGAGGCGCUCCCUCCCGACGCGCGGGAGGUGGACUUCACAUUCUACCGGAUCGACAGCGCAGCAGCAGCCGCUGACAAGAACAAGAUGGAUAUCGAGCCAGAUUCGAGCUCUUCGCCUAUGAAGAAAGGCUCGACGUCCACAUCGCCGGGACAGGGCGCCGUCGCCGUUCAUAUUGACGAGCAGACGUUGCAGUCGAAGCCCGCCAUCGAGGUGCUCGCAGACGCCGUAGAGACCUACUCCGUUCCAGAGUCAGAGAAGCUAGAGCUCCUCUGCCGCAUUCGUACCGCACAGUGCCUUGCUCCAGGGCACGAGGAAGACCGCCAGAAACUGGUCAUCUCUAGGCUGCUCGCGAUCGCCAUUUUCGCGCACACACAUCCCGAGAGCCAGGCGACGUCUUCUAUUUUCCUGUACGAGCCCGACAUCAUCACCAGCAUCGCGGAGCUGCUGCAAGUCGACCGAGGUGUCUCCGACCGCAUACAGGUGGCCGCUAUCUCCGCGCUCGACGCUCUGGCUCGCUAUCGUUCCAAGCUCUCCGAGGUGCUCGCCGCCGUCAACGCGGGCAUCAACCACGGUAUCAUCAUGUCGCUCGUGCGAGCGAUCGUUGCCGACAUCGCGCGACCUGAGUCGACGAUCACGAAUUCCUAUGUGGAGGCUAUCCUCGGCUUCCUGUCCUACAUCGCGUCUCAUGCGUCUGGCGGCAACAUGAUCGUCGGCGCGGGCAUUGUCCCCCUCCUCAUACAGCUCAUCGACAACCGCCUGCCCAAGCGACUGACGAUGGUGUCCAAGACCAUGCAACUGGUCGACAACGUUCUUUACAGCUUCACCAACGCCUUCAACCUGUUCUGCUCGUCCCGAGGUGUCACUACGCUCGUCGACCGCAUCGGGUACGAGGUAGACCACGACAUCGAGCAAUACGAGCAGGGCUCGACCGAGAUGCCCGUCGCACGCUCUGCUGUCCUCAAGCAUCUGCUACGCUCACUCCAUAGGAUGAUGCAGGCAUCUGGCACAUCUGAAGGUCUCCGAGGUCUCAUCGACACCUCCAUCCUGAAGUCCAUUAAGAAGAUCAUCGAGCACCGGUCCACGUUCGGCUCGAACGUGUACCCCAUCGCGAUCAACGUCAUGGCGACCUUUGUCCACAACGAGCCAACGGCGCUCCCAAUCAUUCAGGAGACGGGCCUCCCCGAGGCGUUCUACAAGGCUGUUGAGUCCGGUGUCGAGCCGGCAAUCGAGACUCUGCAAGCCAUUCCCAACGCCAUCGGAGCUCUCUGCCUUAACGAAGCGGGCCAGGCACAAUUGGCGGCACGCCCAAGCAUCAUCCCAUCCAUAUUCUCCAUCUUCACCUCGGAGAGCCAUAUCAAAGUGUUGUUGGACAAGGAGAAUGCAGUUCUCCUUGGCUCUGCAAUCGAUGAGCUCAUCCGUCACCACCCCACACUGAAGACUUCGGUCUUCCAGGCCAUAACCGCGACGCUCGGCAAGAUUGAGACGCUUGGGAAUGAGUUCGUUGUGCCCAACAACAUCCGCCAUUGGUAUCAGUUGAGUCCUGUUGCGCCGGCUGGUGCUGCGACGACGCCUGCUACUGAGGACGUUGCGAUGAGUCCUGUUGAGCAAGAGUCUGCUGCUGCGGGCGAAGAAAGCAGCGCGGAUGCGUCCGCUCCUUCAGAGGAUUCCUCGAACCACGAGAACAUCAUCGUGUCCUUCGUCGACAUCUUCAAUCGCUUCCUGGAAGGCCUGUUCCAGCACACGGCGCACUGCCGCGAGUUCGUCACCUCGACCGAUGGCUUGGACCGUUUGGCCAAGCUCACCGCGCUGCCUUGCUUGCCAUAUGAUUUCGCCAGCAGUGUUGCGUCGGACUCCAUUGUGCAGGUCAUUAGGACAAUGGCGGAGGUUUCAACGACGGAGACGAUGGCGCUCCUCACCAAGUCAAUCAAGGAGUCGUUGGAGGCGGCGGGCUUCUUCUGGAUGUUGCUCGACAAGCAGUCGACUCUAGUGCCCAUGAUCACGCCAACUGCCGACAACAUCGAGGACGUCAACCGCAAGUUCCGCCUGCUGACGACGUUGCACGUUCGCCUGACCCUCCUCUCGGAUGUAUUCGCCACCGCGAGCUACACUCCGACGCGCGUCUCGAACUCGCUGUUGCAAGCUUUGACGAGCGAGACCUCAGUGCCCAUCGUCGCCGACUUGGGCAACUUGCAUCGCGCUACCGUGUGGGAGAACAUCCUCCUGAAGGCAGGGCUCGCUCAUCUCGGCAUCGACCUCGGUUCCAGCUCAGAGUCGCGCUCGACCUCGCCGCUCACCGCGUCCCCGGAGCGACCACCAGUAUCUCUGCCGGAAGCGGAUGGCAUGGUCUCUCCCUCAGGCCAGGGUGCGACUGCGUCGACCUCUACGUCAACCCCCAAGCCUGCGGAUCCGUCGGCCAAGACCUCGACCGAGUCGAAGAAGAAGGAUGACACGCGCUACCGGAACGCUGCCGCGCUCAAGCAUCUCACUCACGUCUUCCCCGUGGCUUUGGCGCCAUUCUUCCAAGCGCUUGUCAAGAUGUUCUACACGAGGAGGAACACCGAUCAGGCGUUCAAGAAGCAGAUUUCGGAUACAGCGAGCAUCAUCUCCAAGAUCGCCAUCGACCACUUCACCAAGACGCACUUCACGGAGGGCGCGGACAAGCUGCGUGUAUCGACAUACUACACUGCUAUGCUCGGCUUCACUGCUGUACUUCUCGUCGACGAAGAGCGCAACACGACGAUGACGAUUCAGACCGUGCAGCUGUGGAAUUGGUAUCGCGCGGGCGGUCUGGAAGGUGUGCUCAGCACCUGUCAGCGAUACGUCGCUGUCAUCGACGGCUUGUACCGCACGUCGUCGGACUCGCGCAGCGAGGCCACGAGACAAGAGCUUGCGCAUGCGUUAGGCGUGCUCAAGGUGGCGCUGCAUCUACUGCUACCUCUGAUAUCAUCGAAGCCCUUGUUCGAAUCCCCUCAGACGGCGCUUGUCAUGACGAGAAAGCCCGAGACGGACCCCGACUACUUCGCGCCUCAUGACUUCCUGGUGCGCCUGCGCCUCGCCAUUCUGCCCCUGUUGCAGUCAAUGUGGCAAGCGCCCUGGAUCAAGAACGUCCCGCCGACGAUCCGGCAGCCAGUCAUCCACGCCGUGUUGGAGUUGAUCGGUGCAGAGAACGAAGAGGCGAGAACUGAGGGAUUGGCGGAGGCGCUUCCCACACCUGGGUGGGCGCGUCCAACGGAACCUGACGAGAAUCGGAUUCGACAGCUUACGGACAUGGGCUUCCCUCGGUCUGCCGUCGAGCGUGCCCUCAGGCGGACGCAUAACAACAUCAGCGCCGCCACAGAGCUUUUGCUCGCGCAUCCUUUCCCGUUGCCCGCCGACCCGGAUACUGCUACUCCGGCCGAACCUUCUGCGCCUAGCACUCCACCAGCUGAGCCGCCCGCCGCAGCUCCUGCAGAGGCUCCAUCAGAGCCAAGUACUGCCACACAAGCUCCUGAAGCCGGUCCGUCCAAUGCGGCGGAGUCGAGUGAACAGACCCAGCCAGUGGAGGCUGAAGCUCCCAAGAAGAAACCCGAGGACUGGCGUGCUGAAUUGAAUGCUAUCCGGGAACCCUUGCGCGCGAGUGUCAGCCGCAUAGCGCUCACAAUCGUCGACGAAGACCCUUCACUCAUCUUCGAUCUCCACUCCGCCUUCAUCAAGCCUUCCGGUGAGCAUCAGAAGCAGGCCGUUCGCGACCUCGUCAACGACGUCAAGACCUUCUCUCCCUAUGCAUACGACACCCAGGAGCAGCCUUUAGCGAACAGGUGCCGUCUGCUUGCCCUUGUGCUCUGCGAGACGCCGUCUAGCUUCGACGACAACUUGCGGCAGACGCUGUUGGACAAUUUGCUGGCGUUGCUACUGUCCAGUCCGACCAAUGCAGAGUCAGACUCGCCACCGGUCCCGAAGUGGCUCGCUGCUCAUCUCCUUGUUGUCGAAGGUCUGCUCACGCUGGCCGCUUCUCCGAAGGCUAUCACACUGCCCAAGGAAGGAGAGCCUGUGCCACAGGAAGACGUUUCCGUCGGUCCCGCAUUGGUCGAAGCGCGCAAGGUCGUCUUCGACUUCUGCUUGCGCCUCAUGGCAAUCCCAGAUCUGCCGGACGAUCCUGUUCUAUCUUCGCUGCGUAUAUUCGUCAUCUGCACCCGCGACCAUAGCAUGGCUUGCGAGUUCGUCAAGAAGGACGGCCUCAGCCGCAUGUUCCGACGCCUUGGGUCUUCCGCGAUUCCUGGCAGCUCUUCCUAUGUCGCCAUCAUUCUGCGGCACGUCGCUGAGGAUCUUCCAACCGUCGAGUCCAUCAUGAAGCAGAACAUCAAGCGCUUCCUGAAUCAGCCGCGCGCACGGAAUGUAGAUGUGCUCACGUACACCAGGAACUGCAGUGCCAUGGCUUUGCGGGAUCCGAAGGCAUUUCUCCGCGCCACAGAGGCGCUGUGUCAAUUGGCGAGUCCGUAUGCGACGACACAUCAAAUCUCUUUGAAGCCAGAAAGCACGUCGGACACGGCCAAAGGCCAGGAGAAGAUGGGCGACGCUGACAUGCAGCUCGAUGCCCCUUCAUUCACGAACGUGUCAGAGACUCUCGACGCGAUGGUGCACUAUCUCAUCGCCGAACUCAUGAGGGUGGUCAAGAUCGUUCAGGAGCCCUCUGCGCCCGACUCCGAGCCUGCACCGGCAUCUACAACGGCCGAGUCGUCGACAUCUGCUCCGCCAGCACCUUCGACAUCUACAACGAGCUUGUCGGAAGCUCAGCCUCCAAAGGCCAGCGAAAGCUCUGCAGAGAAGGCGCCUGCUGACCCGAAAGCCGGCGAACAGCAGUACGCUUGCUUCCUGAUGCAGUGCCUUGCGGAACUUUUGUUCUCUUAUGACUCGUGCAAGAUGGCUUUCCUCACAUAUUCCCCGAAGAAGCGUACGCAAACGCCUGCCAAGGAAGGUGCUACCAAGUACAAGUCGAGCACGUUGCACUUCCUCCUCUCGGAGCUCGUCACCUAUGGAGCCAUCAAUCCUCAAUCGCCCGCAUUCUCUAAGAGUCGAUUGGCCCUUUGCAACUGGGCCAUGUCCGUUCUUGUUGCGCUCUGCGUGGACAGUUCGACCACCCACGACUCAAAGGAGGUUCCCGCCGAGUUGGCAUCCGUACGCAAGUUCGUGCUCGAGGCUCUUAGCAGGUCUAUCAAGGAUGCGCAGAACGUUGAGGGGCAGGAGGCUCGCUAUGGACGCCUCCUUGCCUUGUCGGACGCCUGUUAUCGUCUGCUGACUGUCAAGGUCAACAUGCCUACCCGCAAGAGUACAGACGAUACACCGACACAUAUCGCCAGGGUCAUGCUCGAGAAGGGCUUCGUUGCCACUCUCACGAACGCGCUGUCGGAUGUCGACCUCAACUACCCUCACGUUCGCCAACUGGUCGCUUCAAUGCUGAGACCUCUUGAGCACCUUACGAAGGUUGCCAUUCGAAUGAGCAAGUCCGGCAAGUACAGGGAGUCGGCGGACGACAAGAAGCCACCUUCCGUCUACUCGUCGGAGUCCUCUGAAUCAGAAGACGAGCAUAUGGAUGCUGAUGAUCGGGAGGAAACUCCUGAUCUGUACCGCAACUCUGCGCUCGGAAUGUUCACUGGCGAAAUGGAGGACAACCAAUAUCCCGACGAUGAGCUGAUGGAUGAGGAUGAGGAAGAAGACGAUGUCGACAUGGAGUACGGCGAAGAGACAGGCAGCGAGGAUACUUCCGCGACGGAGGAUGACGAGGAUGAGAUCCAAGCAGGUGCUGAGGGACCAGGCGACGCUUGGGAAGAAAGCGAGGAUGAGGAAGACGCGGAGAUGCAGGACGAAGAGGAUGACGAAGGCGAGGACGACGAAGGCGAUGACGACGAAGAAGACAUCAUCGACGAGGAGGGUCCCGACGAGGACGACGAGGGUGACGAGGAUGAAGAAGGCGAAAUGAUCUGGGAGGACAUCGAGGCCGAGGGCUUGCGCGCUCCUCGUAUACCGGGAGACGAAGGAGACGAAGAUGACGAACAAGACGGGAUUCACUUGGUCGCCGACGACGUGGAGGAUGAGCAGGGAGAACUUUCGGACGAGGACCCUCUCGAGACUGGCAACUUCGUCGAGGACUUGAUAGGUAUCGGAGCAACUCUUACGAACGGGAUCACUCCGAGAGACACCUCAGGUGUUUUUGCUCAGCGGCGCUCUCGUCUGGCUGACGAGACCCUGCAAGUCUUCGGGAGGCCUCGCGGAGGACCCCCCGCUCCCCCAGAGGCAACCACUCACCCAUUGCUCCUUGACACGACGGCAGGUGGACGUUCAUCUGCGCCGCAAGCCCGCAUACGCGUUACGCAGCGAUUCCCCCAAAAUGGUUUGAUUCAAACCAUCGACGACUUGAUCGGCGGUGGUGCAGCCCAGUUCUUCCACCGAGUCAUCGCACGCAGUGGUGCAGAGCUUGGCCUUGCGGGGCCCGCAAUGAUGGGCCUUGACCGGCAUGUCUUCUUACGUCGUCCGGGUGUGUCUGCAGCCUUCCGCGAGCGCAGUCAACGCGCAGGUCACGGAUCUGGAUCUUCGAGUCGCGAGCUGGAGCCACUGCUAACCAUUCAACGCUGGGCGGAGGAGCUCAAGAUCGUCAACGGGGACUUCGCCAACGAGAGGGCCACCAAGCUCGCCAACCACGUCACGCUCACUCUCUUGCCGUCGGCCAUCGAGGCUGCUCGUCUGAAGAAGGUCAAGGAGGAGGAAGAGGCUCGCCGCAAGGAAGAGGAAGCGAAGGCUAAGGCUGAGGAGGAGGAAGCUGCCAAAGUCAAAGCGGAAGAGGAGGCCAGAAAGAAGGCAGAAGCUGCUGCUUCCCAAACGGACACCGCCGCAAACCCAGAGGCUGAGGUGGCCAACUCCAGCAACGAGCCCGCGGUCGUAGAUGAGCCUAUGGACGUGACGCCAGAUGCUGCACCACAGGAAGCGUCUACUGCGCCUUCGGAACCUGCGGCUGCAGAAGCCUCGACUUCGGCGCCCCCCGAACGUGUCACGGUCAUGAUCAAUGGCAACCCCGUCGACAUCACCGACACUGGCAUUGAUCCUACGUUCCUCGAAGCGUUGCCAGAUGACAUGAGGGAAGAGGUACUCAACCAGCACAUACGCGAUCAGCGCGCGGCGAGGAUCGAACGACCCGCCGAUUCCCAGAUCAGCGACGAGUUUCUCGACGCUCUGCCUCCUGAAAUACGCGCGGAGAUUAUCCAGCAAGAGGCGAUCGAGCGCGCGCGCAGAAGGACAGAAGAACUCGCGCGCUCCGCGACCGCAGCCGCCGUACCUGCUGAGAUUGACAACGCCAGCUUCAUCGCCAGUCUGGACCCUACGCUGCGUCAAGCUGUACUCCUGGACCAGGAUGAUGGCUUCAUCCAGUCUCUCCCUUCACACAUGAUCGCUGAAGCAGGCGCCUACUUGGAGGACCGCAACGUUCGGGCUUCUCGCGUAGCCGCGCGUACCGCGGUACCGAGCCCUCGCCCCUCUCAAGGAACGUCUCGCAAACCUCCUGCUCAUCACGACGCCAUCCAGCUUCUCGACAAGACUGGCAUAGCUGUCUUGGUCCGCCUCCUCUUCUUCCCCCAGGUCAUGCGCAAGAGCCUGCUUCACAAGGUGCUUGUCAACCUCUGCGAGAACUCCAAGACGCGCACAGAACUGUUCACGUUGCUUUUGAACAUCCUCAAUGACGGGACGGUCGAUGUGGCGACGGUGGAUACUCGGUUCUCUCAGCUGUCCAUGAAGACGCCGAAGCCUCAGACGCCAAAGGCCAUUGGCAAGCAACGUGCCGGGUCAGACUAUCUAGGUGUCCUGCCUAUCCCCAAGAUGCAGACGGAUAUCGUGCCAGAUCUUGUCGCUCAGAGAUGCCUGGAAGCGCUGUCGUACAUCGUCAACGAGAACGAGGCGUCGUCCCUUUUCUUUUUGACGGAGCACGAGCUGUCUGCAGGACUACGUCGGACGAUGUCGAAGAAGGGCAAGGGAAAGGAGAGGCAAGCGCCGCAGCUACAGUACCCUGUCGUGUUGCUGCUCAGUCUCCUGGAUCGACCGACAUUGCUCAAGACGCCCUCCAUCAUGGAACAAGUGGCUACCCUGUUGGCGACUGUCACGCGGCCUCUCACCUCGCUCAAGGACAAGGACGAGAAGGCAAAAGAGAAGCCGCAAGACGUAUCGCAGCAGCCGACGAGUCAGAAGUCCGCUGCCCAGUCGCAAGAACAGCCGCAAGGAUCAACGCAGUCGGCUCCUCAGCCCUCAUCGACGGCCACGGACACAGUCCAGUCUACCGGCGCGGCCGCUGCAUCGUCAGGAACUACCAAAGAAGCCGGAGCACCGGCUGCUCAGGAAGAGCGCGUCACCCUAUCCCAUCCUCCGACCAUACUUCACAACGUUCUGCGUCUCAUCGUCAACUUCUUGACCAUCGGCGAGUGCACCGGUCGCACGUUCCAGCAGAGCUUGGCCCUCAUUCAGCAUCUUUCGUACAUCCCCGACGCGCGAGACGUGAUUGCGGAGGAGCUGAAGACUAAAGCACAAGAGUUCGGCCAAGCUCUCUAUCAGGAUCUCGACGAGUUGGCAAACGCCAUGCAGAAGGCGGAGAAGGACGACGUCAUCUCGAGCACCGUCGUGUCCAAGUUCUCUGCAUCUACCUCUGUCCAGGCGAAGUUCCUGCGCGUUCUCAAGACAAUCGACUACAUGUUCACACCGAAGUCAUUGGCAUCCGUGACGCCAGAAGCCGCUGCUAGCGAAGACGCGCAGAAGGUGCAAUCCAUCUACGAGUCCUUCCGCUUCACGCCCCUCUGGAAGCGCCUCGGCGAUUGUCUCGCCAUCAUCGAGCAGAAACCGGAGACGGAGAUCGUGGCGACCGUACUGUUGCCUUUGAUCGAAAGCUUGAUGGUGGUAUGCAAGUAUGUAGGCACGAAGAAAGGCUCCGACCUUACUGCCCUGCGAGGAUCGAUGUCCCCACGAUCACCUCGUUCGCCAACGCUGUCGCGCGACUCCAUGGAGGAGCUGUUUGUAUCCUUCACGGACGCUCAUCGGAAGAUACUGAACCUGAUGGUCCGCAACAAUCCCUCGCUCAUGAGUGGCUCCUUCUCCCUUCUCGUCAACAACCCCCGCGUUCUCGACUUCGACAACAAGCGCAACUACUUCACGCAGCAAUUGCAUAGGCGACCCCACACGCGCGAGCACUACGGGACGAUCCAGCUCAACGUCCGCCGCGCGCGGGUCUUCGAAGAUUCCUUCCAGCAUCUACAGCGUAAGACGGGAGACCAGAUCAAGUAUGGCAAAUUGAGCGUGCGGUUCUACGACGAGGAGGGUGUCGAUGCCGGCGGUGUGACGCGGGAGUGGUUCCAAAUCCUCGCGCGUCAGAUGUUCGACCCAAACAACGCCCUGUUCCAACCCUGUGCGGCGGAUAGGCAGACGUAUCAGCCCAACAAAAACUCCUGGGUCAACCCCGAACAUCUGAGCUUCUUCAAGUUCGUCGGGCGCGUCAUCGGCAAGGCCAUCUACGACGGACGACUGCUCGACGCCUACUUCGCGAAGAGCUUGUACCGACAACUGCUUGGGAAGCCUGUCGACUAUCGGGACGUUGAGUGGGUCGACCCGGAGUACUACAACUCGCUGUGCUGGAUCCUUGAGAACGACCCUACUCCGCUGGACCUCACAUUCAGCGUGGAGGCGGACGAAUUCGGCGUGCAACGCAUAGUACCCUUGAAGGAGGGCGGGGAGACGUUGCCCGUUACGAACGAGAACAAGCGCGAGUUUGUUCAGCUCUCGGCUCAGUACCGUCUCUAUUCGUCCAUCAAGUCGCAGAUCGAAGCGCUAUCCGAAGGGUUCUACGAGAUCAUUCCCAAGGAUAUGAUCACCAUCUUCAACGAGCAGGAGCUUGAGUUGCUCAUCUCUGGAACGCCGGACAUUGACGUCGACGAAUGGCGCGCAGCCACGGAUUACGUUGGGUACACGUCGUCGGACCCCAACAUUGUUUGGUGGUGGCGGGCGCUGAAGUCCUUUGACCGCGACGAGCGGGCGAAGGUGCUCAGCUUUGCUACGGGCACGUCGCGAGUACCGCUUGGUGGCUUCACGGAGCUGCAGGGCGUGCAAGGGACGCAGAAGUUCUCGAUCCACCGCGCGUACGGGGAUGAGGAUAGACUGCCGUCGGCGCAUACUUGCUUCAACCAGAUCGAUCUACCACAAUACUCGUCGUAUGAGAAGCUCCGGCAACAACUACUACUGGCGAUCAGCGAAGGUGCUACUGGGUUUGCUUUUGCAUGAAGGAACGAACUUUACACGGCAAUGUUUGAGAAUGACACUGUACAAAAGGCAUCGCUACAUAUCUCACUGUAUAUACCUAAUACGACCAGCCAUUAUUUCUGACUCACAAGACGGCCUUGGAAGGUCAUCAGUGUGAUCACUUGUGGACGAGUGCCGCGAG